AAAUUUUAGAUUUAAUUAGUUAUUAACUUGUCGGAAUAGAACGAUGACUGAGGAAGAAGAUGUGACUCCUUUGGGACAGCUGAAAGCGGCCCAUCGAAAAGAACGUAAAGAACUACAGUCCAAAGUAAUGACCAUGAAACAUUCCAUUGAUAAAAGUGACAAAAAGCGAAAGAAAGAAGUAAUUGCAGAGAUAGCAAAAAUGGAAGAAGAAAUGAAAAGGCGCCAUCAAGAGGAAUUAGCCGAAUUAGCGCCAUCAACACCACCAGAAGUGUCUGCAGAGCCAAUUGUUGUAGAGCAAAAUCAAGAAAAAAAACCACACAUCUCGAAAGCUCAAAGAAGACGAGAUAAAAAAGCCGAAGUCAACAGGAAACGGGAAGAAGCAGCACUCCAAGCUAGGAUUGAUGCGGAAAGUGCUCCUCGAAAAUUCGAAAGUGAAGCGAUCGAGCGGCAUCUAAUGGAUCGUGGACUUACGAUACAUAAUAUUGAACCCGAUGGUGAUUGCAUGUACAGUGCUAUAGCACAUCAACUAUCCUUGGUCACUUCAUGUCAGUUUAGAGGUGCAGAUAUUCGUCAAAAGGCUGCUGCUUAUAUGCAAGCACAUAAAGAUGAUUUUCUUCCCUUUUUAAUUGACGAUGAUGGGGAGGCAGUGGAUGAGAUCGAAUUUGAGGAAUACUGUAUGAAAGUUGAGAAAUGCUGUACAGAUGGUGGUGUUUGGGGUGGAGAACCGGAGCUUCGAGCUACAGCUUAUGCAUUGGAAAGGCGAAUUGAAGUAAUUCAACCAGGAGGACAGGUUUUGUUUUUUGGAGAAGAAUACAGCGACAAAAAACCUCUCGUGAUUACAUUCCAUCGAUUUGCCUACGAUUUAGGUGAACAUUAUAAUUCGACUGUUCCAAAUACCAUCACCGUUCUUCCCGAAGCUUUGAAUCAGUAAUAUCGUUGUGAGACGAAUAAUGCAAAGAACUAAGAUAUUACUGACUGGGAUAAAUCCUUUACUUUAUGGCAUAGUGAAAUUUUGCGUUCAUUAUUACUUAACGUGUCGUAUUACUGACUCUAUAAU